CAGGGUGGGGAGGCUCCUUGGGAACCAGAGGGAACCAGAGGUGGAGCUGUCUUCAAGGAUCACCUCAGAGUGGUUCAGGCUUCCAGGAUGGCGUGGGUGACACACGGUCACUCCCGGUGACCCCCAGCCUCUUGUGCCGGCCCAGAUCUGCUGCGUGGCACUCUAGGAGGUUGCAGAAGUUCCUCAGCCUUUUCCAGGCCCCCAGUUACGGCAGCCCUAGUCUCCUCUCUGGGACUUCUGAUCUCUUGUAAAUGUCAUCCCCAGGGAAGCCAGGAGCCCUAGCAGACUGGGACACCAGGCUGGGCCGUGUCCCUGGGCUGGAUUCGGGUCCUGCUGGCUGUGGCAGUCCUGGCGUAGGGAGGUCUGGGGGGCCUCAGGUUCCAGGUGGGGCCUGGGCUUGGCAGCCUUUCCCUAGGUCAGGCGCUGUAUAAAAAGCCCCAGGAAGGGCAGGGGUGUGGCCCCGUGACAGAGAGCCUUCCCGGCACGUGGGAGGGCCUGGCUUCCACCCCCAACCCCCAAAAUAAAACAAUAAAGACUUAGGUUUUCUUCAUGCCACCUAGAACCAGGGGACUUUUGCUGUCAGCUCAUCUCUGGGCCACAUCCCAAGACAGAUUCCCGCAUCUCCACACCUGUCCCUAUCAGCCACGCAGCAGAGGACUCACGGGCACUCACAGACCUCAGGGGGAGGCAGGGUCUCCCUUCCCCACUCGACCUCAGGACCAGCUGCGCCCCAGACCAGCCACACGCAGAACCCAUGUCCACCCGCCACGCUGCCUGCCGGGCAGGUUCAUGGAACCCCUGGGGUGUGUCUCUUCGAGCUCCCGGGGAGGAGGACGCAAGCCAGGACUCCUGGCUUUGGGGGACAUCUGGGAGUGCUGGUGGGAGCCCCCGCAGGAGUUGAAGGGCUCAGGCUCUGUCGCUGAGUGACACGGGGUUAUUAUGCUGUCAUGGGGACACCUGGAAUUCUCUCCCACCCCACUGAGGGGCAACUCAUUAGGAAGCCCCCACCCCCGCCAUUGCCAGCUCAGGGCCUGCACCCACUGUCCCCACCCAGUUUCAAUGACCGUCCUGAGGGCUUCCACUGUAGGCCAGGGGGCCAGCACAGGCCAACAUCCAGAGCCAGGCAGUGGCCAGCCUGUCCAGCACGGUGAUGGGCCCUGGGCUGUAGACCUUGAGGCCACCAUGUGAGCACACCGUCAGGCUGAUGGCGGCUGGGGCUCGCCCUGGUGCUCACCCACCUCGGCUACUGGCCAUGCCAACCCCAGUCUUGGGCAGGCUGCCCACCUACCUUCGGAGAGCACUCCAGCCCUUCCCCAAGGAGAGCCAGCAGCAGGGCCUCUGGUCUGUCAGGACCCUGGGGAGAACGGAGAGCAGGAAGACCAAGCCCAGGGAAGACAGUCUUGGUCUACCUGCAGCCGAGGAUGACCUCAUAGCUGACCUGAGGUGGCCCGGGCCCUCCCAGCAGCUGGGCUUUCAUGGCACGAUUCCUCACGUGGUCUGGUCUGAUGACAUGGAGGAGCCAAGCCCCAGUAUGGAGGCCUGCAGCUUGCCCCUGUGGGCUGUAAACCAGGAGGACAGGGACGGGGACAGUUCGGUGUCAUCGGGCCGCAUUUCUGGCUCCUCUGGGGGCCAUGAAUCAUGUGCACCUCCCCGAGGGCCCUGGAGGGAGAGGCCGCCCCAGAUGCUAGGUCCCCGGCGGCAUCCCAGAAAGAGCAACCCACGGCUGGAGCAGCUAAGGGACAAGAUCCGGGCGCAGACGCAGUGGCAGGCCAGCUGCGCCUCCUUGGGCACCUCAGCACCCUCCAGUGCCUCGCGCCUCUACAAAGCUGCGUCGCCAGCACCCAGGAGCAAGACCCGCAAGGCGACAAGCUCCCUUCCAGCCCCUACAAGAUGCCCAGGCUUCAGCGACCUGCAUGCAGCUGAGCCCAGAAUGGAAGACAUAGUACUCUCUGGCCUGGGGCACGAGCUCUCCCAGGUCACCCAGCGGGAGGCUUCAGUUCCAAGGGAAAAAACUAAGAGGACCAGAAACAUCUCUUGGAAAAGGGAGAAACCUGCCCAGUCGCUCUGCCCCAGCGGACCAGCCAAAGGCAAAGAUUCUGAGUUGGUUGGUGUUCACGCCUGGAGAAAAGGACAAGCCCUGGUGAGGCUGCUGCUUGGGCCCCCUCCUGCCCGCCCCAGGCUCCAGAGCAAGGCACCCUCGAGGGACUGGGCCCCCAGCGUGGAAUUAGGAGACAGCAAGAGAGCCACAGCCACCCGGGGCUCGCCCAUCCACGCCUGGCUCCCCAGGCCUGCCUCUGCCGGCAGUGACCAGCGGCUCUCCGAGAUCACACCCAGCCUGACUUCCCAAGAUCAGCCAGAGACGGUCCAAACCGCUAUGGCUAUCCUGAAAGACCUCCGGCAGCAGAUCCAGGCCGGGCUGGAAUUGGCCCGCAGCCCCAGGGACAGACCGAAGCUCAGACCCGCUAAAGCAGAGCCGCAGAGUCCAGCAGGGAGGCAGCAGCGGGACCCCCCAGGCUCCCGGGAUGUGCAGGGCUCCUUCUCCAAGAGCUCUUGGGCCAUGACAGAGGGGAAGUGCUCCUCUUUAGAGAGGCCCAGCAGUUCCUGCCUCCAGCAGCCCUGGCAUACCUUAGCCAAGUGGGAGUCCUAUCCACAGAGGGCCUGGGUGGCCCAAGGAAGAGACCCCCCUUUCCAGAGGUCAAGAAAAAACCCUGACAAGCUGGACACUUUCUCACGGCGGCCCUGGAGCACCUCUGGUGGACAGACCUGUCAUCAGAGGGCCUGGGCGGCUUGUGAAGACUUGGAGCCCGCUGUCUCCAGACCCUGGAGCUCUCUGGAGAGGCCACACUCUGUCCCCCAACAGCCCUGGAGCAGCUCCUUUGGGCAAAGGACUGCCCCCCCCAGUAAGCUCAGAGCCGCUGUCCCCCACUCUUUGGGAACCAAGCAGGCCUGGUCGAGGCCCAGCCAGGGCCACCCUCAGAACCUAUUGGGGAAGGAGCAAGAUUCGAGCUCAUCUGGGUCCUGCCCAAGGCUCCGGGCGCCCCUGUGCCAGCCGCACAGCUCGGAGUCCUUACGGGACUUCAUGCGCCACAAGGCCCAGGCCUGGCGGCAGCAGGCCCUGGAACGAAAGGCCGUGGCUACGCGCACUCUGGAGCUGAGGAACCACAGGCUACAGGAGGUCUACCGGAAGCAGAGGGAGGCGGUGCUGGGCAAGGCCGUCCCCGUGGUCUCCCAGACCAACCCUGGCAUUGUCACCUUUGUGCCCAGUUCUGCGAGGUCCGGGGGCCUGGAAGCCCCUGGGAACCUGGCAUCUCCUGUGCUUCAGUGGAACAAGGUGACAUCUGGCAAGGUACUGGGGGCCCAGGAGGCCCCAGGCAGCUUCUGUCUGUGUUUGAACAGAGCCUGGGACCACACUGAGACCCUGCAGACCGGAACCGGCGCCCCGCUGCUGCUGUCCACCGCUUCCUCCCUGGGCCCCCUGCACCUCCAGGACCUCUCCCGGGGGCUCUGCGUCUACCUGGACCCACAAGAGGCUGACCGGCUGGGCUCCUCAGGCCCCCUGCAGUUCCAGUACAAGCAGGCCCGGCUGCAGGCCUUGGAGACCAUGGCCAACGUGCUCAAGCAGCGCAUUGACAUCCUGACCACCAAGCUGCGCGGGGCAGAGGCCUCGGACACUGCCCUGGACUGGCCACCCGUGGGCCCCAGCUCUGCACCUGCUGCCCUCACACUCACUGCCACGGCCUGCCCCAGUGCCUUGAUGCCCAACAGAGAAACAGGGACACCCCAGGACUGGGCUGGCCUGCAGGCCAAGCCCCUCAUCCCCUCCUCCUGCUUCCUUAAUGAUGACCCAGAGCUGUGGAACCCGAGCUGGGAGACACAAAGCGUAAGCCCAAGGGCCCGCCACCAGAGCCAGCCCCAAGGUGUGGAACAGAGACUCUGGGAGCUGGAGAAGAGGCUGCAGAGAGAUUCGGAUUCCUUCAGGUCCCUUGGUGCCCCCUUAGGGAGCUCGCGCAGGGUGCCGGCACGGGGCCCCACCUGCAGCUCCCUUUGUCUGGAGGACGUGCCGGUGGCCAGAGGGCCAGGCUUGGUAAUGCCCUGGAGCACCUGGAGCUGCGGUCAGCAGGAGCCUGGGGGCCUGCCUGCUGGAGACCCACAUAGCGGGCACCUGGCUGACUUGGAGCAGAAGUCCUCAAGCUUUCUUGAGUCACUGAAGGCCUGGGCUCUCAUGCAGCUGAACCAGCAGAAGCAGGCACAGGGACUGGCCCUUCUGCAGCAGCAGGCGGAACAUGAAGUCUGGGAGACACAGAUGGCCCUGGACGAACUGCUCUUCAAACACCAGCUCAAGGGGCUGAUGGAGAAAGACUCAGCCCAGCCCAGGCCAGGGACAGCUUCGAAGCUGGAGCAGCUGCAGAUCUCUGGGGACUCAGAGCCACAAACAUUAUCUGGCCCAGCCUCGCCCUCAACCAGAGCACCCUCAACCCUGGGUGGAGAUGCCGCCCUGGGCCCCCACGUGCCUGAGGAAGGACAAGCCAGUGGGGCAGGUCAGGAAGCUUCUGCAGAGGUGGGAAAGCCCGACCCAGCCCCCUCCCAGCUGCCUUUGACCAGGCUUUGCCCUCUGGACAGCCCUACCCACCAGGGGAACGCUUCGAGGCCCAGAAGUGCCCAUGCCGCAGCUUCCAGACCGUUCAGCCUCUUCACCGUCGGGAUGCUGGAGCAGAGCCUGCAGGAGGAGAAGCUGUGCCCACUGCACCAGGCCGAGUUGCAGCGCCUACGCGACAUGGCCCUCGAGGAGAAGGAACGUGCCCAGCUGGCUUGCAUGAAGCACGAGUUAGGGUGUCUGGCUUUGAGAAAGCGGCCCCAGGCAGUGCAGAAAACCCUGUUGGAGAGGCCGCAGCGAGCCUUCAGCAGGCGUGAGAAAGAGCAGAGGGAAAUCCAGCACUUGAGGGCUUUUCACCUGUCCAUGCACCAAGACAGGAAGCAGCUCGCACAGCAUCAGAAGGCCGUCCUCACAGCGCAGAGCUCUGCCACCUGCCCUCGUCAGGAGCUGCGGUCACAGACCCAGCUGCCACAGAAUUCCAGCCCUGAAGUCCAGGCCACCGUAGAGAAGGGCUCUGAGCCUAGGCAACGACUGGAGGGAGACCUCUGCCCGCUGACAGCACCCAGGCCUCACAGACCCACCAGCCAAUGUCCCCAGAGAAACCCUGAAUGCUCAAAAGUCUCACAGCCUCCCUCUGUGCAGCUGGAGGAGGCACCCCCUGAGACAGCUUCCCAUGCUGAUGGUCACCUGCAGCCUCCAAGGUCUGCAUGGGGAGAGGUCACGCCUGAAGCCAGCCACCCACUGGUGGAGAGUGGCAGCCAAAUGGACCAAGGUCUGGGGCUCCCUGCAGGCCAUCCAAGGUCUGUGACUCUCAGGACUGUGUCUUCAGAGCCUGGGGAGCAGCCUCGUGUCCCCGUGCUGAACAUUCUGAGCUUCGGACAGCUGCCAGGCCCAGACUUUCCCAUGCAGGCUGCAGAGGUGGAGGGGAGCACCCCCAGAGCUCAGCCCAAGCCACAGGAAGCAAAAGAGCCACCUGCAGGAGACUCUCAGACCAAGCCAAGGAUCGCCUUAGCAGAAGAGAGUCCCCCAGCUCCAACAGACAGCCCCAGGUGGAACUUGGUGGAACACAGUCAGCAGCCUCAGGGCGGAGAGGGCUCCUGCAGUCCCCAGGAAGCCAGAGUGGCUGAGAGCAGCACAAGCCAAGAAGGGGCAGAAUUGGGGCUCGCUGUGGCUGGGAGCCCUGUGGGGGAGCCCCAGGAUGUGGAGAACUGGCAGCCAGGGGAGCAGAGGGUAGAGGCCUGUCGGCAGGACCUGGGGGUCCCCUUUGCCUGGCUGGAGACUCCCCGACUGGCUGCCUUCCCAGCUCCUGCAGCGCCUCGCUCAAGCAGCCCCGCACCCCAGCUGGGAGCCCCCUUGGACCUGGACUUGGAGUCUGCCUCCAGGACCUGCUCAGGGUCUUCAGAGGCUCCUGCAUCCUCCCCCACCUCCUCCACAGGCUCUGCGAGUGACCCGUCCUGCUCCUCUCUCCAGGAAUUUCAAAAAGUUUCAGCCACCCUGGUCCAGCUCUCUGACAGCUCCCUUUCCCUGUCUGGCUUGGAAGCUGAGGUCACCCCAGACGCUGACCUUGACCAGUCUGGGGAUCUCUCUGUUCAUGACUCCUGGGAGGAGCUCACCCCACCUUUAUCCUGGGGGCUCCACCAGGGGGACCCUCAGCCGGGUGGCACUCCUGGGGUUGCAGGAUGCAUGUCCUGGCAGAGGCAGGGGGGCAACGGGGCUGGGUCCCUGGGUGUCUCCUCCAUGGAGGUGACCGUGGCAGGAGGCCUAGAGUCCAGGCAGAGCCUCCUGCAGGAAAGCUGGCCACUGUCCCUCCCAGACACCCUCUAUCCAAGGUCAGGGUCAGAGCUGUCAGAAGCCUCCAACCAAAUCUGGGACGAGGACAGCAGGAAGAACCUGUGGGAAGCUGGUGUUGGUGCAGGGCCAGCCUCAGGGAGCUCCUGGCCUGAAGGUGGCUCAUCCGACCUCAAGAAAAGUGGGCAGCCUCAAGUGCCUCUUCCUCUCCUGGGCCCUAGAGAGGGACAGGAAUCUUCUGGAGCCAGCCAAAGCCUCACCCGUGGAUCGAGUAUGGGGAAAACCAAGUCGGCCUCCCCUGAGACCACCAGCCAGGGGCUCCUAUUCCAGACCCCUUCCACCAGUGACUUAGACCCACCACUGUCCUUCCCUCUGGGGACCUCCACCUCUGGAGGGAUGUGUUUCGGCAGAGGAGGGCUGAUCCCUCCCCAGGCCCCCGCUGACUGCUGGGAGGAGCUCUGGGGUGCUGCUGUGAGUCUGACCACCCAGAGGGAACUUCCACAGACCUCGCCGCAGCCCGAGGUCCCUUUGGCCCUGCAGACUCCUGAGGUCCCCAGUGCACUGGACUCUCCAGCUGCCGGGAGCCAGGUGCCUGGGUGUCGGGGGGGUGGAGGCCCUGCUGCCCUGGAGGAGGCCGGUCCCCCAGGUGCCAUUGGCUUCUUGGCUGGGAUCCUGUCUCCAGUUGACAAGGAGCUGUCCUGUGGCAGUAGAGACCUCCUGUCCCCCGCCCACAGGGAUGCCCACUUGCCCCCACCGCCUCCCACCCCUGAAGCACAGAGGGCCAGGGAGGAGGCCUACCCGUGCUCAGAAGACUUCCCCUCCCCUCCCGAGGAGGCCAUGUUUUCUGGGGGCUCAGAGGACACCUCCAUCGCCACUGAGGAUCUUCCUGAGGAGGCUCUGCCAGCAGCACUGUCCCCAGGGCCACAGGGGUUGGGGCUGUGCCUGGGGGUGCCUGGGAAGGGUGGAAGCCUCGAGGGCAAAUUGGGUGAAUCAGGUUCUGCUGUGGGAAGCCAAGCCCUGGGCAGUCAGGGGUUAGAAGCAGCCAGCUGCCCAGGGUCCCCCUUGAGUGAAGGGACAGGCAGUGCCCCUAAGGGGCUCCCAAGGCCAUUGGCACUGACCCUGAGUCUAUCCCAAGUAGCCUGUGUGGCCCAGCAGGUUCUGCUGAGGCCGCUGGUGGCUAGUGACACGGAGGUGCUACUGGACACUCAGGGUGGGCGCCAGGAUCCUGCUCUGGGCUUGGGGUUCUGGGCUGGUGUGGCGCCUGAGGAGUCCCUAGGCCACAUGGGCAGGCCCUGGGGAGGGGUGUGGGGCACUGAGUGUGCGGAGCGUGAGCCAGGGUCAGGGACCCUCUUGGGAGGCCUGGAUGGGCCCCUAUCCAGAAGGACAGCCACACCCCCAACACCCUGGUCUGCAGUCCCAGCAGCCUCUCCCCCCUGCCCAGUGCCCUUGCUGGCCAGUGUUGGCGAGGAGGGGAAGGGAGGCCUGAGCUGCCAGGCAGAGGACCACCCUGGGGCCGAGGACUCAAUGGGCAGAGAGCAGCUCCCUGGGGGACACUCCACCCUGGUCCUUGACUCAGGGCCCUGUGCUGAUCUCCCAGGCUUGGAGAAAGGCGAGGGAGCCCAGGCUGUGGACCUGGUGUCCACCCAGCUCACCAGGAGCAUCCUAUGCGACUCGCUGGCUGUGCUGUCGGGGCUCAUCCCCCAGGGCAGUCCCUAAGGGAGGCACACAAUGUUUGUGAUGCCAUUGUGUAACUGUGUGUGUGUGUGUGUGUGCGCGCGCGCGUGUGCGUGCACAUGUGCACAGGGGCCUUCAGGAGGCCUAGAUAUCCAGGGUAGGCUGGAAAUGAGGCACGCCACCCUGCUGCUGGCGAUGCAGGAUGGUCAUCUGAAACAGCUGCAGACUGGGCAGGGGCUCCACAUCACUUCAGACUGGAUCCAGCUGCAUUUCUUUGGACAGGGUGUCCACAGCCUUGUCAAGGGCUAAAAGGGCCAGACCCAAGUGAUGAAGAAACAUGCUUGCCAAAGAUUGUCCCGGCGGCAAGGACAGGCAAGGAGGUUGGGUGCUCCAGCAAGAACGGCCCCUAACAGCCGGACAGUGUGGGAGUCAGCAGAGGCCAACAGGGGAGGAGAGAGCAGCCGUGGGUGGAAGAAGAGCUGGGGGGUGAGCCUCCCGACUCUUGCCCACUGGACUUGUGACAGCAAGGGUCUUCUGGGUUUACUGUUUCCAGUAUAUAACUUGUUAGCCGGCUGAUGGGCACGUAUGCCUCCCACGUGCCUGAGCUGAGCAAACCAUAGUGGGUGACCACUCGAAGGCCGAAAGUUACUUCCCCUCCACCAGCAAAGCCUGGGGCUUGUCCUCUGGGGGUAGGAGACCUCUCUGGUACUGCAGACUUGUCCAGAUUUCAAAAGGGCUCCUGGGCCACAUCUUUCCUCAGAAGCACAGUGACUGGGUCCUAGCAAGAGACUUUAUGGGUAUGUGUGCGCACACACACCCACGUGCUUGGUCGAGGUCAGCCCAUGCCACCUCCUUCAAUUCCUGGGUGGACCUUCCAGGACAGAAUGACCCAGGUGGCUUCUGCCAGGUCACUGCUUCUGCAAGGAAGCACUGUGUCCCCUCUUCACACGAGCCCCCGCCUUCCUCAGGACAAGGUCCGGGGGAGUGCAGGGCAGUGUUGAUCCAGGCACACAGGUUUCCUAGGUGAAAAGGAGCAUGAGGACACUAGCUAUGGUUUUUUGAAGUGAGUCUCAGAGCCUUGCUGGGCCUCUGUAGGCAGGACAGGGAUACACCGGGGGCAGGCUCAGCACAGACCCCCUGGAAAAUGGCCUGGAGCAUGGGUAAGGGCGAGGACAGGCCUCCCCAGCAGUGACCUCCACUCAGAGCAGCCACCUCCACGGUGUCUGAUGGGCUCUGGUGCUGUCCCCCAGGGAGGAGGAGUCUGGUGCCCUGCAGCCCAGCCAUCACCCCUAGCAGUGCCCCAGCGCAAGUUCCCCGACUCGGACAAGAGUGAAGACUUCCCUGCCCACCCUGCUCCCAGGGCUCAGGAGGAGCAGUGGGACAGGCUGUUUUAAAAGAUUCCAGCGUGAGAACCACUUGAGCUUGGGCUACAGUCUCCCUUGGAAGCUUUGGAAUGAACUGUGCUUUGCAGGAUGGACGUAUACUGACAAGUGUGCCAUUUCUGCAUUUUUGCUAUUUCUGAGUCUUCCCCUCGGUGCAUUCCGGGAAGUGGCUUGUGACCCUAGCAGUUCUUUUACAGAGGAAGCCACUUUCAAGUCUGUUUUCUGACUUCCAACAUUGUCAGGUAUCUUGAGCUGAAGCUUGCAUACAGGAAUCGGCUCUUUGAAGUUACUCCUCACAUCCCAAAGCUGUGUGUGAGUGUGUGUGUGUGCAGGUGUGCACAGGUAUGCACAGGUAUAUACCCAUGUGUGCGUCUUCCAGCUCGCAUUUAUCAUUCAUUCCUCUAUCAUCUCUGUCAUCCAUCUAUAAUCCAUCCUUUGCCAAUUCAUUUCUUAUUUAAGUCAUUAAAAACCAUGUUAGUGGCCAGGCACUGUGGCACAUACCUCUGAGCCCAGUGGCUCAGAGACUGAGGCAGGAGGAUCACGAGUUCAAAGCCAGCCUCAGCAACUUAACGAGGCCCUAAGCAACUCAGUGAGACCCUGUCUCUAAAUAAAAUACAAAAUAGGGCUGGGGAUGUGGCUCAGUGGCUGAGUGCCCCUGAGUUCAAUCCCCAGUACCAAAAAAAAAAAAAAAAUGUUAGUGAGUAAUUUGUACCAAUGGCACCAUUAUGUGACAAGGAAAAGGCAGGAGAGAGAAGCAUCAUACAAUAACUUUGAAAAAACUGCACAGAAAAACACUUAGAAAUGUCAUGUGAUUUCCCAGUAAUAUGUGCCAUUUUGUGUUUUUAGGUAUCAGUUUUAUUUUCAAAAACUCACUGAAUAUUCUAAAAUAUGAAGAGAUUUUUUUCAGAAAAUGAUUUUUUCCUCUUCUUUUUAUACUGGUGUAUUAAAUGUUUGACACUUUUUAUUAAGACAUAAUUCACACACCAUUCAACUCACAAACUGUACAGAUUAUUGGUUUCUAGUUUAUUCCCAAGAUUGUGCAACCAGUUUACUUUGUGAAUUAGGACAAGGGGUGUGGGCCUUAGGGACAUUCCAGUCCCUUGCCAAGGCCUCCAGGUCUCAGCCUCUCCCUCCUGGGGCUCAGACUUCUCCAGCUGUCAGACAGGCGCUCCUUCCUUCAACUGUGCUUGUGGCCCUGGGAGACCUCCAUGCACUUGGGGCUUGAGUGAGACACCUCUCCUUAGUCGGCCUGGCAAGGCCCCCAGGUGCCCCGCCACAGGACAGGAGCUGCCUGGGCCCCCUAUCCAUCUCUGGGGAGAAACCCUUAGAACACCUUUCUAAGGAGCCCCUCCAAGGACAGCCGGGCCCCGAUGGGGCGGGGUGGGGGGGUGAUGCUUAGCAGACGCCUUCUCCAGGGCACCAGCUCCCUGUAGAGGUACGCUCACUGGGAAGCACCAGCCAGGACAGUUGCUUGGUUGUGCACAAGGUACACCACAGCCCACCCCAAAGCAGAGGAGGUUUGGUUUUGCCGUGGGGACAUGUGUUCCUGCCCUGUGUGUGACUUCAGAACAGCUCUCUCAUGAAUUCCCUCCUAGUUUUCUGAACAAAUUAGUCUGUAAUUUUUUAUUUUCCUGUAUUUAUUGCUGACCCUUUGGAUUUAUGAGGCCGUGUGAGGAAUUACAUAUUUUACACAUGCACGUUUGGCAUUGCAAUAAAUCUUACACAUCGAAACCCUGCA